GUCUCCUCUGAUGACAGCGGCGCCUCCUUCCUGAACCACCACUGGAGUCUCUUCUUCAGCAGAACAGGAAUACAGCCAGAGGAGUUGUGGGUGAGAGGAGAACAGCGCUCCCUCCUUGAGGCCCGUCUCUUCCCGGUCCUCCACCCCAGAGGAGGCGCUGUGGGUCUGGAGGGAGGAGUCUGCUGGCUGCUGGGAGGCGCCGGCUGUCUGAAGAGGUGGCGGGAGGCGUGGAGGCUCUCUCUGAAGGAGGUGAUGUCGCUCACCUGUCAGGAGGCGGAGCUGCAGUGGAGGGAGGAGCUGCUGUACCUGUCGGGGAGGAGGCGAGUGUCGGACGCUCUGAGGAGUCGCUCAGACGUCUGCCUGCUGCCGAGCUUCAGGGCUGCCGUGCUGGGAGGCCAGCAGGGGGCGCUGCUGGAGACGCUGGACACCAGUGAGUCACCAUGGCAACCAUACGAACAACAAGACACUCCAGUUAACCCUUUGAAACCAAAACACAGGAAGAAGGCAAAGAUCGCAGCAGGAAGCAGGACGCAGGGGGCGGGGCCAGAUUUGGGCGUUGCCGCUCGCUGCCUCUCCUGCAUCGCCGACGUGUUGGUGUGCAUGGCGGGGGGGAGGGGAGGCCUGAGGAGCGGGCCGGCUGCCAAUGAGGCCUGGAGCUCCGCCUACUUCCUGUUGGAGGAGGGUAACCUGAGCGACGGGGUCCACGCCCUGGCCGAGCAGCGAGCUCAUUGGCUGAGCAGGCCGGAUCUGCUGGUGCGGGCGGCGCGGCACUACGAGGGCGCCGGACAGGUGCUCCUCCGACAGGCCGUGAUGUCAUCACAGACGUUCAUCGCCAUUGGCCAGG